AUUUGAAUUAAACGACGCGCCGAAACGAGAAGUUGUUGCCUUUUUCCGUGUCUAGUUACCUAUGUUUUCGUUUGUCGAACUGUCAAAAUUGCUUGUCGCCCUGUGGACUACAGUUUAGUCAUUACAUUUGCAUUGUUCGUUCGGAGCAGUUGUGCUUCUGUUUGAAAAAAAAAAAAAAAAAAAUAUUUGGUUUUCUGUUUAAUUGCAUUUUCGGUCAAAACCCGUUUGUUUCGCGUACAUUGUUUUGUGUGUUGUGCCGUGUUCUGGAAAAUAUCCGUUACUGGAUGACAACAAUGAUAGUGUGAUUGGUCUACGCAUACAUCAAGAAUACAUACACGGGCGCACACAUAUAAACACGCACACAAAUUCGCAAUGGACACGCGCAGCUGGCGCAAGGUCCUACUCCAGUGGAUUGGCAAGUGCCAGUUCAUCGAGCCGAACUACAUUAGCUUGGAGCAGUCGGACCUGGACUCCUUCUUUUCGGUCUUCAUUCGAAAGAUCCAGGAGACGCAAUCUGACAAGGGGAAGGAGCUGCAGGAUCAGCCCACAAAACCAAUCCCCCUUGUGCAGGAAUUUCUAGCACAUAACUAUCCCGAGUUCAUUGUCCAUCAAGAUGACAAGGAGCAGCCUUUGGAUUGCCUUUACGUUUACACGCUCUUGUUACAUUAUUCGUGCGUGAAGAAGCCCAGCUUGUUCUUUCACAACAUCUGCAAUAAUCUGCCGGAGAUGACGCAGACAUGCAUCGCAUCCUUCUUUGGAGAGACCGUUGACAGGCUGUUGACGCGCGAAUAUCUAAGCCAGUCGAUCGCCAACGUGGCAAUUAUUUACCAACAGGGGACUCAGACCUCAGUCAGCCCAUGUCUUCCCAGCAGCAGCUUGAGUCCCGAUCCGAGAAGCGAUGAUGCACAGUGUCCAUCCACGCCCUCAUCGUCAUCGUCACAGCCGUCGAGCAGCACGCCACAGUUGCACAAUCAUCGCGAACGCCUUCGCCUACAGAUGUCUGGCUCCGAAAUGCCACCUCCUUCGACCCCGAAAACGGAGCUACUGGAGCAACGCACCAAGGAGCUGCGCGGUAUUCGUGCCCAACUGGAGGUGGUGCGCUACGAGAAGACCGUGCUGGAGGAGCAGCAAUUGGAGAAGGACGAGCUUAUUAAAGUUCUCAGCAAAGAGAAAAUGAUGGCCAAGAUGGAACUGGAAAGACUGAAGAACGUAAAGCUAAACGAAGAGCCGCAUGAUAACGAGAGCCACAUCAUGCCAUAUGAGUUCGAACAUAUGAAGGGAAACCUUUUAAAGGAAAUUGGUCUAAAGGAGAAUCUCAUCACUGAGAUUACCGAUAAGCUGCAUGAUUUGCGUGUCGAAAAGUCCGAGCUGUCGGAGAAGCUGAAUCUGGCAGGAAAACAAUUGCUGGAGUAUACGGAUCGCAUCCGAUUGCUAGAAAGCCGUGUAGAAGAAUUGACUCGUAGCGUAUCGUCCAGGGACGAUAGGAUCUUCUUUCUGGAGCUCGAUAACCAGGAAUUGGAUCAGUGUCUUAAAGAAGCCCGUGACGAGUUGAAGAACCGACGCGAGGUCUUAAACGCAUCCUCGGAUUUGCUAGACUGUUCGCUGUCGCCGAACACCACGCCCGAGAAUUUGGCCAGUUCUGUGAUUGACAAGCAGUUGCGCGAGAAGGAGCAUGAGAAUGCCGAGCUAAAGGAGAAGCUGCAGUAUUUGCACACUUCACAGCGGGAGCUAUGCCAGGCCCUUUCAAGUUUCCUCCAGAAGCACAAUAUCGAUCACGAGUUUCCGGUGGAAUGGACGUCGUCGUCCCUGUUGUCCACCAUUUCUGCAAUCGAAAGCACCUUUGUUAAUACGGUGGAGAAGAGUACGCAAAUGAAGAAGGAAUGCGAUGUUCAGGCUGUGUGUGUCGAAAAACUACUGGAGAAAUGCAAGCUGUUAUAUCGAUCGCUGGGAUGCCAGCCACAAGAGCUAGAUGCGUUCAAGGCCACAAUAGCGGAGCCGAUGGAGUCGGUUUUCGAAUCGAGCCGUGAAUGUGAAACCAUUCUGGGUUGUUGUCAUAUGAGGGUAGUCGAUAUAGCAUUGAAAAACAACCAUCUGGAGUUAGACAACGAAAGGCUUAAUGAAAACUGCGCUGAGCUUAAAUCAAUAAUUGAUCGCGGGGAUCAACACCUGGCCGAUAUCAAUCUGCAGCUAACCGAGAAGGAAAAGCAGAUAAAAGAUGUGGCCGCUGAAAUCCAGGAGCUGCGCAAAAGGAAUAUAAACCUUGAAAAUAUGCUCAGCCAAAUCGCAGAUAAGGAAGCCAGUGCGGCAAGCCAUGCACAGCGUUUGCAGCAGUGCGUCAAGCUUAUGAGAGCCAAGUAUGAAGUGUGCCGAAAUGAACUAAUUGCUAAGAACGCGGCCCAAGAUGAGUUGGUCAGGAUGAUGGUUGUGCCAGACUGGGAGACCUUGCAUGGGCGCGUACGCCAGCUGAUCGAUCUGGAGAGGAGGCAUGUUGAACUUAACGAGAUGUAUAGAGGGAUGUUGAAGGAAUUGGAUGAGCUCAGCGCUAAACAUGACAAACUGACGCAUUCCCAUGUAGAGUUUGUAAAGAGAACGGAGAUCGAAUUGGAAAGGAAGAAUGCACAGCUAAUGGCAUUCGAAAAGCAUAACAAUCAUUUUGAUUGUUUUCUGACCCGCAUCUUUACUCUCUUAAGAAGUAGAAACGGUCCGAAAUCCACGACUAUGUGCUCAGCGAACACCUCCAUUGAAUCGAUGCGUAUUGAACAGCGAUUUGAGAAUAUUGAAAAGUUAAUUGAGGGGCAAUUGCUUUCGGCUGAUACUCUUAAGAAGGAGUUGGACGAUCUUCGGGCGAAAAAUGAAGAGCUCUCUACGGAGAACAUCAAUGCAAUAAUAAAGCGCAAGAAAUUCGUGGAUUCUCUGGAGGUCAACAGCGAAAAAGUCAAGCAAUACAUAACAGAUCUAGAGAAAGAAGCUUUCAGCAAAAACGAAAAGGUAGCCCAGCUGGAAAAUACUCUAAGCGAGGAGCAAAGCAAUGCAAGACAAUUGGCACUGAGGUUAGACAUGGCGCAGCAGGAAGUAAAUGACUACUAUGUGGAAGCCACUAGGUUUAUAAACACCGUUAUGGAUCGCAUUCAUGAAGAUUUCAAUGGCGAAAACCACCCCCAGACGCUGGGCAAUUGUAUGACCAAAUUUUUACGAAUUUUUGACCAGAUGGAGGUGUGGUACGAGGACUCUUCGUCGUUGGUAGAAAAACUCCUGCAUACUAGGGAUGAAUUGAAAAAGAAACUGAAGGCAUCUGAUGAGAAAAUGGCCAAGGUAAUGGAAACGUAUGAAGAACAGAUUAAAGCCCUUCAAGCUGAAUGUGACAUGGAGGCCAAGAAGAACGAGCAUUUGGAGGCGAAUCGGAAUGCAGUAAUGGAUACUAAAGAUCGGCGUUGCCAGAAUUUUGAUAAACAGGACAGCUCCACGGAUGAGCUAUUUAGUGUUCAGGGUAAGCUUCAGAAGGAACAGGAAAUUACGGCUCAGCUCAAAGAGGACACACUCGAAAAACUGCAGGCAAAGCUGCAGGAAGGACAGCAGCUUGUAGAUAGCCAGAAAGUGGAGCUGGACAAGGAGCGCAAAGAACUGGCUCAGGUUAAGUCUGCCUUUGAGACACAGAUCAAACUAUCAGAUGAUUUGCAGCGUGAAAAGGAAUCUGCCCAGCAGCUUGUAGAUAGCCAGAAAGUGGAGCUGGACAAGGAGCGCAAAGAACUGGCUCAGGUUAAGUCUGCUUUUGAGACACAGACCAAACUAUCAGAUGAUUUGCAGCGUGAAAAGGAAUCUGCCCAGCAGCUUGUAGAUAACCUGAAAGUGGAGCUGGACAAGGGGCAGAAAGAACUGGCUCAGGUUAAGACUGCGUUUGAGGCACAGACCAAACUAUCAGAUGAUUUGCAGCGUGAAAAGGAAUCUGCCCAGCAGCUUGUAGAUAACCUGAAAGUGGAGCUGGACAAGGGGCAGAAAGAACUGGCUCAGGUUAAGACUGCGUUUGAGGCACAGACCAAACUAUCAGAUGAUUUGCAGCGUGAAAAGGAAUCUGCCCAGCAGCUUGUAGAUAACCUGAAAGUGGAGCUGGACAAGGAGCGCAAAGAACUGGCUCAGGUUAAGUCUGCCUUUGAGACACAGAUCAAACUAUCAGAUGAUUUGCAGCGUGAAAAUGAAUCUGCCCAGCGGCUUGUAGAUAACCUGAAAGUGGAGCUGGACAAGGGGCAGAAAGAACUGGCUCAGGUUAAAACUGCGUUUGAGGCACAGACCAAACUAUCAGAUGAUUUGCAGCGUGAAAAGGAAUCUGCCCAGCAGCUUGUAGAUAGCCAGAAAGUGGAGCUGGACAAGGAGCGCAAAGAACUGGCUCAGGUUAAGUCUGCCUUUGAGACACAGAUCAAACUAUCAGAUGAUUUGCAGCGUGAAAAUGAAUCUGCCCAGCGGCUUGUAGAUAACCUGAAAGUGGAGCUGGACAAGGGGCAGAAAGAACUGGCUCAGGUUAAGACUGCGUUUGAGGCACAGACCAAAAUAUCAGAUGAUUUGCAGCGUGAAAAGGAAUCUGCCCAGCAGCUUGUAGAUAACCUGAAAGUGGAGCUGGACAAGGAGCGCAAAGAACUGGCUCAGGUUAAGUCUGCCUUUGAGACACAGAUCAAACUAUCACAUGAUUUGCAGCGUGAAAAUGAAUCUGCCCAGCGGCUUGUAGAUAACCUGAAAGUGGAGCUGGACAAGGGGCAGAAAGAACUGGCUCAGGUUAAGUCUGCCUUUGAGACACAGACCAAACUAUCAGAUGAUUUGCAGCGUGAAAAGGAAUCUGCCCAGCAGCUUGUAGAUAACCUGAAAGUAGAGCUGGACAAGGAGCGCAAAGAACUGGCUCAGGUUAAGUCUGCCUUUGAGACACAGAUCAAACUAUCAGAUGAUUUGCAGCGUGAAAAGGAAUCUGCCCAGCAGCUUGUAGAUAACCUGAAAGUGGAGCUGGACAAGGGGCAGAAAGAACUGGCUCAGGUUAAGACUGCGUUUGAGGCACAGACCAAACUAUCAGAUGAUUUGCAGCGUGAAAAGGAAUCUGCACAGCGAGAGAUCUUCCUGGUCAAGGAGCGAUUGAGGAAGGAAAAGCGUGAGUUCGAGGUGGAAUUGGCCACCCUUGAAGACAUGAUCGAAACAUUGGAGGAGGGCCGUACUCAGAUGGAAGCGGAGCGUGCGGCUGCCUACGAACGAAUCAAUCAGUUGGAGGCCCGUUGCCAAGAAAAUAAUAACGCGAACAGUGAAUUGCAAGUGCAAACCUUUAAGCUCGAGUGCUUGCAGCAUCAGCUAAAAUCCGAGGUGGGUAGCUGCAACUCGUUGGUGGAAGACCUUAACCGAAAGCUGGCAGAUAAUGUCAGUAAGUUGGAUGACGCGCAGAGUCGCCUGAAGACUGAAAUCGACGAGCAUAACCAGGUCAAGGAACAAUUAGCCCACAUCGCCGAUAUACCUGAGGUAGUCGAACUGCGGAAUUGCUUGGAAGCGGUGACUGCCCAGCGUGAAGAGGCCCAGGAAAAACUGGCUGUGGUCACCAGCCUUUUAGGCAGAUCUAACCAGGAGAAACUCAAGAUGGAGGAGAAGGCUUGUGAAGUUGGGAAUAAAAAUGCCGAGUUGUUGGAACUCGUCGAAUUCUAUAGGUAUCGUGUGGAAGCUAUUGAACGGCUGCUUCUCGCUUCCAACCAAGAGUUGGAAGAACUAAAAACCAACCAGGCGGAGGGUGCGAGAGAUCUUGGCGACACAUACAGCACAUCUGAUGGACGCCAAACGGAGACGGAUCAGGAUAAGGAGAGAAACAACAAGCUAGCGCUAGACUGCAAGAUAUUGCAGGCCAAGUAUCGCGAUGCCAAGGAUGAGAUUAAGCGCUGCGAGAAGAAGAUAAAGGACCAGCGUCUUGAGAUGGAGGGAAAACUGGAAAAGAUGAAAAACAAGAUGCGUUCCUUGUAUACGGCGGAGGUGACGCGCAUGAAGGAGAAGCAGGAACGGGAUGCGGCCAAAAGCGCGUCGGAGCUGGAGGCACUCACCGCCCAGAAUGCCAAAUACGAAGAGCAUACACGCAAGCUGUCCACCCAGAUUGUUCGGUUGAACGAGAAGAUCCUGGAGCAGCAGAAGCAGCAUGCGAUCAUUAGCACCAAACUUCGUCACCUGCAGAUGCAGCCCAUCAUCAGCGAAACGAAACCAUCCAGCACAACGCUCACCGUUUCGUCCAGUUCGUCGGCGCCGAACGAUGACUGGCAGCCCUUCAAGCGGCCCAAUGUACCGUCCUCCAAUCUGGCUAUGGAAGAUGAAGAGGGCGAGGUCUUUAACAACACUUACCUGACGGAUCUCAAAUUGGGCCGUGUGCCGGCAGACAUGACAGCCGAGGAGCUUAUUUAUCGGAAUUCGUUGCAACCGCCGCAUCUGAAGAGCACUUAUGCUGCCCAGUAUGAUUUGGGCAGCCAGGACGAAGAUCUCAAAGACGGACCCCACAGUCUGGAUGACAGCAUGAGUGCUUUGCUGAGCUCAUCGAGCACCGGAACGCGCAAGAAAUCCAUGGGCACCCACUACAAACGACCUGGACCGCCUACGCCGAGCAAGAACGGCGGUCGUUUGUCGUUCGGUAGUUCGGAGCCGCCACGCGAGAUUCUUCGUGAAUUCGGCGACCAUAACAAUACCUCCAAGACGCCGGCGCGCUUCAAGUUCCUGACGCAGCGAUUCAGCGUUGGCAGCAGCGGUUUACCCCGGGACGAGCUGCCGCGGCGCAAGCGGCCGAAUCUUCUGACCGGAACACACCGGCGUAGGCUGCGUCAUGCGGUGGACAUAUUUUGUACAUCAACGCCCCGCAAAAGCCGCUCCUACUACGAUCAGCAGCGUCUGAUCGGCGCCAGUGAUGCGGAAAAAUCAGAGGCUGUUGAAACCGAAGACGAAGUGAUCGAAGUGGAGCCCGAUGCUGUGCCAGAGUUGGAGCCUCUAGAAGACGCCGACCAAGAGGGCACUCCGCAUCUGUCCACUGCAGCAUUGUUGGCCCUGACCAAAGGCAACACCCGGCGUCUUACUGGUACAACUAAACCGAAAAAAAGACGCGUUUCAUUGUCCAAUCAUGGCAACAUUUUUGCCAAGAGCCGGCCAGCGUCGUUCGUAGCCGGGAAAAGGGUGCAGCUGCGCCGGAAGUUGCGCCGUGAUCGGAUGAUGGGCCGCUUCGAUGAGGCCCGUCACCUGGAUCAGGUGCGCCUAUCACACUCUGUUCAGGCGCCUGAGUCGCCCGAAAAUAACAAUUACAGUCUGCACAAUCGCAAUGAGGAGGAGCACCUGCCCAGUGAGAUCCUGAUGGGCAAAACGGUAGUGCUGGUGGGCAAGAGCCGAGUGAGUCCGGUCGUGUCCACCACCUUCAACGUGGAGGAGCGCAGCGGGACUUCGCUGCUGCAACAACAAUUUGAGCACGAAAACUGUGUCACCUGGGCAACGCAUGGUAGCGAAAGUGUGAUGAUGGAGGAGACCCAGAACGACUGGUACUUCGAGCAGCUGUGCCAGGAGACGGAAUCCACGGCACCCUUCCAGCUGCAGCCGCUGGAAUACAAGCCGCUUGAUGAGGAGCCAGCUGAGCCAAAACUCACACAACUGGUGGCCGCCUCUUGCAGCAAUAUCACAGCGAAUAGCUGUGCCACCAACAUGACCGGCGCCUCAUCCUGUACCGUCUAUUCGAUGGGCAGUGUGCACAUGCAGCCGCUGCCGCAGAUCAAUAUCACCUAUGUCCAGCAACCACCGGACUCGCAACAGCGCAGGCCAGCGCGCCAUCGCUCGUUAAUGGCUCAGUGCAGGCGGUUCCUACGCCAUCUGAGUCUCGGCGAGCGAUUGGUCAUGGGCUUUGCAUUGCUGGUCAUGGUGGGGCUGUCCUUGCAUCUGGCGGACAAGCUGGUGCUGGUGAUCAGUGGCAUCUUGUCGGGAAUGGGGCUCGUCUUCCUCACCUAUUCGUGCCCCGGGCGCAACUAGAAGCGCCAACCAAAGCAAUGGGAAUCGCACUAAUCUGGCUGAUGAUCUAUGAUAUAUGUAUGUUCGUUAUGUGUAACCAUGUCCACUUAUUCCUUUACAGAACUCGCCGCCCAAGCGACGCCUCAGCAACAUGUUCAAGCGCAAGUAGGCGUGGUCGCAGUCGCAGUCUUACACAUAUAUUCCCAUUCGUGUACAUCAAUCGGAACUUGAAUUCUUGACUUAUUAUUUAUGUAAUCAUUUUUUUUUGUACAUCAGGACGUAGAGUUUAGUUUAAGUAUGCAUAUGUUGCAAUGGUACAAUAUCGAGGGCGAACAUAAUAAUGCAAAUAAAAUUGUAUGUACAUAUUGUA